CCUGGGACAACUUACCUUGGCCAACUGCAGGUACCCUUGUUCGCCUGCACAAAAAGCUCGAGCGUCCAGACAAGGGAUUGCCCAGAUUUGGAAUCAAACACGUUCCACGAACUCUAGUCUCGGCUCGGCCCAUUGCCCAGCGCUCCCCCAUACAGGACCACAUUGAAACGGCAAAGCGUUCUGUUGUCGGCAAUGGUGUUGCUUCCACUCUACUGUGUUAAUUAGACUCGAAUGAUCACUUUUCCUUUCCGUCGGUCGCGUCUCUGAACCGCCAAUUCCUCCUCGAGGCAUUGGUUGAUGACGUUCAGUUGGUCCAUCGACUCCCUUCGGGGUCCUUUCCGCUCACGUCCCGCGGUUCCUCUUAGCCUCUGGCCAGCGCCAGAAUGGAUCGGUUCGUGCGAAAAGAUGGUGGCGAUGAGCUGCCGCUGUACCAGAACGCGCAAGAGCCAGGGUCAGCAGCAGCCGCUGCGAAACUGGAGCGCCCCUGGUCCGCUUCACCAAGACUGAGCCCGAGGACAACAUCUGCGCAGUCAAGAAGCGUUGCUGAUGAAUACGCAUCGCUCACUCCAGUCGAAGUCGCCGCCCGACUCAAGACAUCGCUCACGCACGGCCUCACACCUGCCGAAGCCCUCUCUAGGCUGCGCGUCUACGGGCCGAACGAGAUCCCGCAUGACGAGCCUGAGCCAAUAUGGUUGCGUUUCCUCAAGCAAUUUCAGGAACCCCUUAUACUUUUGCUCCUGGUCUCUGCGGGCGCGUCCAUCGUGGUGGGGAACAUGGACGACGCCGUCAGCAUCACAGUAGCUGUGACCAUCGUGGUGAGCGUGGGCUUCGUGCAGGAAUACCGCUCCGAGAAGUCGAUCGAGGCCCUCAACCACCUGGUACCCAAUCACGCGCAUCUCGUACGAAAACAGGCUUCCAAGGCCUCGCCAGGCACCCGCUCGCCCAACUGGUCAGGGGUUGGCGACAGGACCCCCGAAGUGCCCGAAAGCUCUGGCUCGAUUACUCCUGAAGAAGAGGUGCUGGAGGCAACAUCAUCUAAGGUUAUGGCUGCGCAGCUCGUACCUGGGGACUUGGUCAUUUUCACCACCGGCGACCGUAUCCCCGCCGAUAUUCGGGUAACAAAGGCCGCGGACCUGACCAUCGAUGUGUCGAAUCUCACGGGCGAGAACGAACCCGUAAGGGUCACUGCAAAUACACGACCUCGACGUGCCUUAGGAGUUCCCAGUUACGGAAACUCCAGCUUGCAAUUAACCCAGCCUUCCUUUGGCGGAGCCCCUGAUGGGCACUCGAUGGGCGCGGCCAAGAGGGACCAUGACGGGCCGUACAACAUUGCCUACAUGGGGACGCUGGUAAAAUCAGGGCAUGGCCAAGGCAUUGUUUUCGCGACGGGCGGAGACACCCACUUCGGUACGAUUGCAACCAGUGUCUCGGGAACCGAGAGCCCUCGUUCGCCGCUGCAGAUUUCCAUGGACGACCUAGGGUCACAGCUGAGCAAGGCAUCUUUUGUCAUUAUCGGCAUGAUCUCGCUCAUCGGGUGGUUGCAAGGGAAGAAGCUGCUCGAAAUCUUCACCAUAUCUAUUUCGCUGGCUGUAGCGGCAAUCCCCGAAGGCCUGCCCAUCAUCGUCACCGUCACGCUCGCCCUGGGCGUUCACCGAAUGGCUAAGCACAAUGCUAUCGUCCGGAAAAUGCCAAAGGUCGAGACACUGGGGUCCGUCAACGUGGUUUGUACGGACAAGACGGGGACGCUGACCAUGAACCACAUGACAACCGCCAAGAUGUGGUUCUUUGGCAACCCUAGCCCAUUCGACGUCGAAUCAGAUGAUGAAGCGGCCGAGACCAAGCUUGAUCCUGCAGCGCUCAGAAUCUUGCGCAUCGGUAAUAUUGCCAACAACGCUCGCCUUGCUCGGAACUACACCGAAAAUGGCGCGGCUGCGCGAGCCGUACUCUCCUCGACCCAGGACAGGGGCCACACGGCGACAUACACGCGAUGGGUGGGACAGCCCACCGACGUGGCGAUGCUCGAUCUGCUAGACCGAUUCAAGGAACAUGACGUGCGAGACUCCAUCGGGCCUCGAGUGUCUGAGACGCCCUUCAGCUCCGAACGAAAGUGGAUGGGUGUCACAAUUGGCAGCGAAGGUGGCAGGAACGACAAGGAGUUUGCAUACAUGAAAGGCGCCAUUGACAAGGUGCUUGAAGCUUGUGAGACCUAUGUCACAAAUGAAGGCAGGGAGAUCGUGUUGGACUCAGCGCGGCGCCAGGAGGCUCUAGAAGCAGCCGAACAGAUGGCCUCCCAAGGCCUCCGAGUCCUGGCCUUUGCCAGCGGGCCUGUGGCGCGAUCCAGGAGCAGCAGGGUAGGUGCCAGGAGUAACACCCCUGGCGCCGAUAGAUCAGAGAGCCCGGUCCACCAUGGUAGUGAGGAACAGUACAAAGGUCUCACCUUUGCAGGCCUCGUCGGCAUGAGCGAUCCGCCUCGGCCCGGCGUCGGGCGGUCGAUUCGAAAGCUGAUGCGGGGCCGGGUCAAGGUGAUCAUGAUCACGGGUGACGCCGAGACCACAGCUCUCGCCAUUGGCAAGCAGCUGGGGAUGGCGAUUGCUGCUCCGGCAAUUCACACAUCAAACCAGAUCACCGUCAAGCCGGUCCUGCGAGGUGACGAGCUCGAUGCCAUGUCCGAAGAGGACCUUGCAAGGGCCAUGGAUCACACCACCAUCUUCGCACGAACAAACCCCGACCACAAACUAAAGAUCAUCCGAGCCCUCCAAUCCCGCGGCGAUAUUGUCGCCAUGACGGGAGACGGAGUCAACGAUGCGCCGGCACUCAAAAAGGCCGACAUUGGAAUCGCCAUGGGCAUGCACGGCACUGACGUCGCCAAGGAAGCAGCCGACAUGAUUCUGACAGACGACGACUUCUCGACCAUCCUCCACGCCAUCGAAGAGGGCAAAGCCAUCUUCAACAACAUCCAAAAUUUCCUCACCUUCCAGCUCUCCACGAGCGCCGCCGGCCUCUCGCUCGUCUUGAUCUGCACCGCACUCGGCUUCAAGUCCCCACUCAAUGCGAUGCAGAUUCUCUGGAUCAACAUCAUCAUGGACGGCCCCCCCGCCCAGUCUCUUGGCGUAGAAGCAGUCGACAAAGACGUCAUGAACCGACCCCCGCGCCGUCGGGGCGACGCCGUCCUGACACGCCCUUUGCUCAUGCGCGUCCUGACGCAGGCCGCCAUCAUCAUGGCGGGGACCAUGCUCGUCUACACGCACGAGAUGCUCGAGGACGGCCAGGUCACGCGCCGCGACACGACCAUGACGUUUACCUGCUUUGUGCUGUUCGACAUGUUCAAUGCCUUGACCUGCCGGUCCGAGAGCAAGAGCGUGCUGAGAGGCGAGGUGGGGUUGUUCAGCAAUGUGCUGUUCAACUGGGCCGUCGCGGGGAGCUUGAUGGGGCAGUUGGCUGUCGUGUAUUUCCCCUGGCUGCAGGAGGUUUUCCAGACGGAGGCGCUCGGGUUCAGGGAUUUGUUGGGCUUGAUGGUGAUGUGCAGUAGCGUGUUUUGGGCGGAUGAGGCGAGGAAGUGGUGGCGGUAUGGAAGAGGGAGGAGAGGGCUUGGGGGGUAUAGUCAGGCGGUUUGAAGGGAUUACACGGGAGUUGUUUAUGAUGUGGAUGAGCCUUGGUCAUGCUGUACUUAGUAUGGGAAUAGAUUUGGUUUGAGAACUCGCGUGCGGAACGGGUGUGGAAACAGUCCUGGGUGCUUUCUGUAUACUGGAGGGUGGUUGCUGGUGCGCGAGCUGGCGCUUAGAGGUCGACUGUUC